CAGGGAUCAGGGUGUGAAGUCAUAUUGCUGGGGGCGUUGAGGUUCUCUUUUCUUCACAGUCUUGGUAACACACAGGGAAAUGAGAAGAUUUACUCAGAAAACAUCACUCGUAUUUUGGACCGACUUUUGGAUGGUUACGAUAACAGACUGCGACCUGGAUCUGGAGGCGGUGUCACCGAGGUGAAAACAGACAUCUUUGUCACCAGCUUUGGACCUGUUUCGGAUGUUGAGAUGGACUACACCAUGGACAUGUUCUUCCGUCAGAUGUGGGUCGAUGAGCGUCUGAAGUUCGAGGGCCCCAUCGAAAUCCUGCGUCUGAAUAACCUCAUGGUGGAAAAGAUCUGGACUCCCGAUACAUUUUUCCGGAACUCCAAGAAGUCCAUCUCUCACAACAUGACCACGCCAAACAAGCUCUUCCGCAUCAUGCAGAACGGGACGGUCCUUUACACCAUGAGACUGACCAUCAGUGCAGAUUGUCCGAUGAGGCUGAUGGACUUCCCUAUGGACGGCCAUGCCUGCCCGCUCAGAUUUGGAAGCUAUGCGUACACCAGCAGUGAAAUCAUUUUCACCUGGAGGAAGGGACCAGUGGCCUCUGUGGACUGUCCUAAAGAGUCCAUGAGUCUCCUGCAGUACGACCUGGUGGGACAGAGUCUGUCCAGUGAGAUCUUCAAGGCAAACACAGGUCACUACUCUGUGCAGGUGGUCCAUUUCCACCUUCAGAGGAAGCUGGGCUACUACCUCAUCCAGACCUACAUCCCCCUCAUUAUGGUUGUGGUGUUGUCACAAGUCUCCUUUUGGAUUAACAAGGAGUCUGUGCCUGCACGUACCGUCGCUGGCAUCACCACCGUGCUGACCAUGACCACGCUGAGCAUCAGCGCCCGUCAGUCACUUCCCAAAGUGGCCUACGCCACCGCCAUGGACUGGUUCAUCGCCGUGUGUUUUGCCUUCGUGGCGUCGGCCCUCGUUGAGUUUGCAGCGGUCAACUAUUUUGCCACUCGCCAGGCCAACCGUCUGAAGAAACAAAACGCCCGUCUGGAAAAGCCAGAGUUGUUGGUGACGGGCAGCGAGGACAACGACACCGUUUCAGCAAACAGCGGCUCUCGAGAAGGCCUGAAGAGGAGAAACCACUCAAUUUGCCGCAGUGAACCAGAUGCCCCACCGUUACCGAUUUUCCUUCAGCAGGGAUCAGCUUUUCCUCAGAUCCCACAGCUGGCCGGCACCAGCCCCAUUGACAAGUACGCUCGCAUCCUCUUCCCCCUGGCCUUUGCCCUCUUCAACCUGAUCUACUGGUACAUCUACCUGGCCAAGGACACCAUGGAGGGGCCCAGGGACGCGGAUCUCGACUAAAAAGGGCCGGCAACAAAAAAAAAGGGCACAUGCAGCCGGAGAGUCCUUUCAGCAUCUCACCCAUCCAGCCUCGCCUCACCCUCCUCGCCCUCUCCCUUUACUCUUUUCACUUCCUCUCCCGGCGAACGAGCUCUCAGCAUUCACUCUGCUCUCGUCUGACAGAGGAAAUGAAUCAGAAACUCAUUUAUUCCCGUGCUGCACAUCUAUUCAUUUCACAGGCUGUGACCGCUGCCCACUUGUGUUCUGAUCAGCGGCUGAAGAGCUGCCCUUCACCAGCCUCGGUCCCACUGUACACACACCUGCACCCAGGACCCCCUCGCACCCGGGAACACACAAACGUAUAGCAAGUCCAGGAAACACAGCGAGACGGAGUGGAUGAUGCAAUCAGUGUUUAGGUAGUGAUGCAACGCUUGACCAAUGCUUCCAGGAGCUCGGCCUCCACAGAAACACAGAUUGGCCGGAGUAAACCGGUGUAAACCUGGGAAAUGAGUUGUGUUUUCAUGACACCCCGCUGCUGCUGCUGUGAUGUUCUAAUGCUGGGUUUGAAAUCCGCUGCAGGGAGGAGUGGGACACAACACCUCUGUGAGCUGCUGCCAUUCAUUUACUAUUUCUGUACAGAUGGAAGAUGAUUGUCAGGAACGCAUGUUUAUGUAUGAAGUCGUGCUGUGACGGAUGGAGCGCUUACGUGACGUACUGUGUGUAACGUGAUGAAAACCGAUCAGUUUUGAACUUGUUCUUAAAGGAGAAGUCCAACAAAAACAUCAUUUAUACAGUAUAUACAUAUAUAUACUGACUAUAUAUGUUUAUAUAUAGUCAGUAUAAUAUGUCUCAAAACAGCUAAUGUUGCUUUGCACUUGCACUGAUAUUUUGAGCACACAAAGACACAGAAAG